AUGAUCCUUGAUGAGAGAGACAAGACAAGACAAGACACGCUAUCCAUAUCUGGAGAUCUGGAGAGCGUACACAUGCUCCAAGGUUCAUAUCGUCAGUUCGGCAAUCGGGUUUCUGUCGCACUACUCGGCGCGGUAGUUGACCGCAGCUUACUUAUCCUCUCAUUACCCUUGUUGGGCGUUUCUGAUGUGCAAAGGGUGAAAUUGGGCAGUGGGUGGGCAGAGUUUGGUUUCUGGUAUAUAGGGAUCGAAACGAAACUCGGUAAAAUACGCUUAACCGAUAGCUAUUCAUUUUGGGGUGAAGUCAUCCAGGUAAAAUUGCAGGUUCCAAGAAAGUUUAAAAAUCUUCCUAGUUGCUUUGCUGCCGCUGAUGAGCCUCCAUUAGCAACGCUAGGAGUUAAUGUAAGCCCUGAUCGGCUUAUUUAUGAGCAUUUGAUCUCCGAUCAGCAUUUAACUACCGACAGGAAAAUACUUGGCUACGGCAAGACUACUGCGCCGCUGCUCAGACUCUCAAGCGGAACUUGGACUUCCUACCUAAAGAUGCAGUGGCUAAACGCCCAAAGUCUCUUGCACAUCGACGAUAGCAAUGAAGGAUGCGUGCAGACUGUAGAAUGUACACCAUUUCCUCCAGAAAACCACAAUGAGAUUUGUUGCCUCUUAACUGCCACCUUCAUCUAG